UUCUCUAAAAUUUCUUUCCAUGUUACCACUCUUUCUUCUCUUUCUAAAUCCACAUUGUAAAGAAAGCACUUUGUUUCUAUAACUUCUGUCUCAUUUCUCUUCAUUUUAACUCCUCUGUUAUGGAGCUUCCAGCGACAGGCGUUCCUUUAAGAUUAACUGCUGAACAAGUACGGGAACAGGCUCGACAACGAUGGUUUCAUACAACUGAAUUAUGUGAAAUAUUUGCAAAGCAUGACACCCUUAAUAUACAUAUAUCUCAACCACAACAAAGGCCGACAAAUGGUGCAUUUUUUGCAAUUACCAUGCAAAAGCUUCGGGAGUUUAGGAAAGAUGGACAUGUCUGGGCUAAAAAGAAGGACGGUAAAACGAUUCAGGAAUCUCAUGAGAACCUCAAGGUUAACGGUGUUGGGGUGUUGAACUGUUUGUACGCAUACGGAGAAAAAGAGAACAAUUUUCAGAGACGUAUAUAUCGGAUGAUUAAAAAGGAACAUCCAGAUAUAGUUCUUUUUCAUUACCGAAAAGACCAGAAUCAGGAAAACAGUAAAAUUUGGAGACGUGGCAUAAAACCCAUCAAAUUAAACCCUCAGUCCAUCCAAGAACCUGAAAAAGUUAUACCCACUUUGGCUGUGACGGGUUUUUCCUCUGACAUUGUUGCUCAUAGCAGUAACCAAUUGUCUUUGCUUCCACGGACUGCAAAUACAAGCAACCUGAACAUUCAGGAAAAUGUUGAAUCUGCAGGUUGUUCCUCCGGCAUUGUCAAUCAUGACAACUACCAAUUGUCCUUGGCUCUAAAAACUGCAGGCAGCCAGAACAGCAUCCAGGCUAAUGGUCAACCUUCAGGUACUUCCUUUGGCAUUGUCAACCAUGAAAACUACCAAUUGUCUUUGCCUCCUCAAACUGCAAAUACAAGCAACCUGAACAUUCAGGAAAAUGUUGAAUCUGCAGGUUGUUCCUCCGGCAUUGUCAAUCAUGACAACUACCAAUUGUCCUUGGCUCUAAAAACUGCAGGCAGCCAGAACAGCAUCCAGGCUAAUGGUCAACCUUCAGGUACUUCCUUUGGCAUUGUCAACCAUGAAAACUACCAAUUGUCUUUGCCUCCUCAAACUGCAAAUACAAGCAACCUGAACAUUCAGGAAAAUGUUGAAUCUGCAGGUUGUUCCUCCGGCAUUGUCAAUCAUGACAACUACCAAUUGUCCUUGGCUCUAAAAACUGCAGGCAGCCAGAACAGCAUCCAGGCUAAUGGUCAACCUUCAGGUACUUCCUUUGGCAUUGUCAACCAUGAAAACUACCAAUUGUCUUUGCCUCCUCAAACUGCAAAUACAAGCAACCUGAACAUUCAGGAAAAUGUUGAAUCUGCAGGUUGUUUCUCUGGCAUUGUCAAUCAUGACAACUACCAAUUGUCCUUGGCUCCAAAAACUGCAGAUACGGGCAACCAGAACAGCAUCCAGGCUAAUGCUCAACCUUCAGGUUCUUCCUUUGGCAUUGUCAACCAUGAAAACUACCAACUGUCUUUGCCUCCGAGCACUACAGAUUCAAGUAACCAGAGCAACAUUCAGGGAAAUGCUGAAUCUGCAGGAGAUGAUGUUGGAUUGCGGGGGAUUAAUGGGUCAACCAUCAGGAGAUUUGCAUGAGGAGUGCUUUACUUUUUAUUUCAGAUUAUGAUGUCAUAUUUUCACUGUUGAACUGUUUUAUGUAUUUAAGAUUAUGCACACUUUGGAUUAUGUUUAUGGAUUGUA